CGCCGACUCCGCCCGCUCGCAGGAGGCUGAGCCCCGGCCGAAGGACGCCGCAGGCCGCGGCUCCGCCCCGACCCGGACCCGGCACUUGGCUCCCUCCACCCGCCCAGGCGUCUUCCCUGCCUCCCAGGAGAGGCUGUGCCGAGCCCAGCAUGUGCGGGGGAAUGAUUGAGAGGUACGUGGCGGCCAUGGUGCUGAGCGCAGCUGGCGAUGCCCUGGGGUACUUCAACGGCAAGUGGGAGUUCCUUCGGGAUGGGGAGAAGAUCCACCAGCAGCUGGCCCAGCGGGGCGGCUUAGAAGCCAUCGACGUAGCCCAGUGGAGGGUCAGCGACGACACGGUGAUGCAUCUGGCCACGGCAGAAGCCCUCCUGGAAGCCGGGGAAAACCCAGAGUCCUCUCGGCUGUAUGCCCUGCUGGCUAAGCAUUACCAAGACUGCAUGGAAGACAUGGACGGCCGGGCACCAGGUGGUGCCUCUGUCCACAACGCCAUGCGGCUGGAGCCCAGCAGGGCCAAUGGCUGGCGAAUCCCCUUCAACAGGCGGGAGGGUGGCUGCGGGGCUGCCAUGCGGGCCAUGUGCAUCGGCCUGCGGUUCCCUCGGCCCAGCCAGCUGCACACCUUGAUCCAGGUGAGCAUCGAGAGCGGCCGGAUGACCCAUCACCACCCAACGGGCUACCUGGGAGCCCUGGCAUCCGCUCUCUUCACCGCCUAUGCCGUGCAUGGCCGGCCACCCCGGCAGUGGGGCAAGGGCCUCAUGGAGGUGCUUCCAGAAGCUAAAAAGUACAUCGUCGAGUCGGGUUACUCGGUGGAGGAGAACCUUCAACACUGGUCCUACUUCCAAAAUCAAUGGGAAAACUACCUGAAACUUAGAGGGAUUUUGGAUGGCAAGUCAGCCCCUACCUUCCCGCAGCCCUUCGGUGUGAAGGAGAGGGAUCAGUUCUACACGUCGCUGAGCUACUCUGGCUGGGGUGGCAGCAGUGGGCACGACGCUCCUAUGAUCGCCUAUGAUGCCAUCCUUGCCGCGGGGGACUCCUGGAAGGAGCUCGCCCACCGCGCCUUUUUCCAUGGUGGAGACAGUGAUUCCACAGCGGCCAUCGCCGGCUGCUGGUGGGGAGCCAUGCACGGUUUCAAAGGAGUCAGUCACUCCAACUAUGGGAAACUGGAAUACAGACACCGGCUGGAAGAGACGGGAAGGGCUUUGUACGCUCUGGGGUUGAAGGAAGAUACUGUGACUGGCCUUUAGGGAGAUGGAGGUCAGCUUCUGGUGGUGUUUUCUUCCUGAAGCUCCUUUUCUGUUCAGUCUCUUUUGAAUUUCUCUAAAGGCAAGAGACUUAAUCUUGUACCCAGCAAUUUAUUUUUAUUUUUAAUUAUUUUUUCAUUUAUUUUUAUUUACUUAGUUGAGAGCAACAGACAGUGAGAGAAAGAGGCAGAGAGAGAGAGAGAGAGAGA